ACGGUGUCUUCAAAUAACCACCUGGCCACAGAAGUAUGAUCGGAGAAGGUCGCGAUGAGGCCGGUAGGCUCUAUGUCGCUCCACUCCUAGAUGACGACGAACGACUACUCAAUCCUGAUCAUUCCGAGGAUUUCCCGCCACCUGAUGUCGAAUCAGGCAGCUCUCUUCCUGUCUGGCUGCAAGAAUCAUCUAAGUCCUUUCACUGGGCUUGGGUUCCCUUGCCUGUGAGAAAGGUCGGUCGCGCGACCGCAAAAUGGGUCAAAGGGCCCGAUCCACCGCAUAUGCUGUUAUUGAAACCACUGUUUCCGCGCCUCCAAGAACUACCCGUCCAGUACCUCGAACGCUUCUUCCCUAAGCGCAAACAGAAAUUAUCCUUACUUUUGCUUCUCUAUGCGUCUUGGUUCUUGCCGUGGUUUCUGGUUCUUCUGCAUUCCCGUUCCUCCGGUUUCAUUGAAGGAUAUGGCCAGCUUGAGACCCUUUCAUGUACAACCAAUUUCUGGCAAUUUGAUAACGGGUGCGGUCUCAAUGGAAACGACUGCCGGCCAUUCUCCUCGUCGGCAAUCGCCUUUCGAUGUCCCGCCAACUGCCGCGAUACCAAACUGCUGGAGCCUCAUGUCGUAGGCAACCAGACUUUCAACUAUCAGGGUCUUGUGAUUGGAGGUCCUCUGUCGCAUGCCUCUGACUCGGCCAUCUAUCGAGCUGACAGCUUUGUAUGUCAAGCGGCCAUUCACUCAGGCGCCAUCACAAACGACGGUGGUUGCGGUGUUGUGAAACUCGAAGGCGCGGCUCACUCUUUUCCGGCUGUGAAACAAAACGGCAUCCAGUCGAACUCGUUCCCAUCAACCUUCCCCAAAGCAUUCAGCUUUCUUCAGCUGCCUUCAUCGCGGGCCAACUGCCCAGCGGAUCCUCGAUGGUCUCUCCUUGGAGUGACGGCUGCUGCCAUCGGUGUGCUCUGGCUUUUUUGUACUUCUCCACCGGUACUUUUCUUCAGCACAUUUUUCAUGGUUUUUUCCCAUACUGGACUAGUCGCCGAUCCGCCAUCCUAUCCUCUCCUGGCCGACCUGGUUUCUACUCUACUAUCCCGCCUGCUGCCGGCAUCUUUUGUCGUUUAUGUCCUAUACAAGUUCUGUGCCGCUCCCCUCCUGCAGCCAAUUGCGUCCCCUAUAUAUCAAGUUGAAAAGCUACUCUUAUUCCUUCCACCGCUUUUCAUCGGCGCCUUGAACAAUUAUACCUUUGCUCGGUUGAUUCCCCUCCAGCGUCUUACCCCAAUGGAUAUUCAGCAGCAGCCUGGGGCAAAAUUGGCGUUGGCAUUGGUCAUCCCCACUGUGUUUGCGAUUGUGCUCAGCCAAGCGUGGCAGAUUCGUCAGGGAGGAUUAUUGCCUCGGUAUCUUAAGAUCUACUGCAGUAUUGGUCUUAUCAUUCUAAUCCUCUUGCCGCUCCCUGGCCUCCGACUCCGGAUCCAUCACUAUAUAUUGGCUAUUUUGCUCAUGCCAGGCACGGCUUUCCCGACACGCCCCUCGCUAAUUUACCAGGGAUUGCUUCUUGGUUUGUUUAUCAACGGAAUUGCCCGUUGGGGGUUUGCUUCCAUCAUUGAGACACCUGCAGCCCUGGGAGAAUUGGCCCCAGGCCGUACCGGAGGCCAUGGCUGGUGGGGUUCUAUGUAUCCCAAUAUCACCGAUGCCUCGGUUCGGGUAUCCUUGCCUGGGGUAGGAUCCCGCGAGAUCUAUCGUGGCAAUGGCAACAUCACAUUUGAUUUAUGGGAACCUGAGCGAAUGACUGAACUCGCUGUAGAUGGCAUUUCCGUUCUUCUUAACGACGUGGAGCGUUGGCGAGCUUACGUGGAUGAAGAUAAACGAGGCGAGUUCACCUGGCACCGCCAUGGCCAUGAUGGUCUAGAGCUACAACAACCACCUAUCCUCGAACGCCGCAGUUUUGACUCAUCUCAAUCCGACCCCCAGGCUCUACUUCUUACUGAUGGCCAUACCUCCGACGAACCAGAGGAUCUAUUCUUCAGGUUUGCCUUCUUGCGAGGCGCCGAAGCUGGUCGUUACGGGCCCACUGGAGUCUGGCGCAGUGAUGGCACAUGGAGUCCCCCAAGAUCCGCGUGA